CUUUCUUGUUGAAAUAUAACUUUUUGGUGGAUUUCCCCACAUUUUAUUGCGUUUUUUUGCUGAAUCGGCCUCAGAUAUGGAUCUGGUUGAACAACAUGAAGAUGGCCCAAGUUUUGUAGGAAUCAAAUUUUGUCAAGAAUGUAACAAUAUGUUGUAUCCCAAAGAAGAUAAGGAAAACAGACUUCUGCUCUACGCUUGCAGGAACUGUGACUUUCAGAUGGAGGCAGAUAAUCCUUGCAUCUAUGUCAACAAGAUCACCCAUGAAGUCGAUGAGUUAACCCAGAUUGUAGCAGAUGUCAUAGCAGACCCCACGUUACCACGUACAGAGGACCAUCCCUGCCCGAGGUGUGCCCAUAAAGAAGCUGUGUUCUUUCAAUCGAACAGUACUAGAGCUGAGGAAGGCAUGAAUCUCUAUUAUGUGUGCACAUCAGGUAAAUGUGCUCAUCGAUGGACGGAGUGAAUGGAUUUUUGGAACUCUUUAUGUGAAGCGGACACUUUUGAUAAAAAAUUUGAGGAAAUAAAUGCCUGCGGAAGCCAUUAUGGACAAUGGUUGACAAGCAGUAACAAUAUUAAUGUCAAGAACUGUUCUCGGGACUAUUUUUUUACUGCAUUUAAGAAAUAUUUUUUCAUUGUAUUGAUUGUGAGACUUAUGCGAUGACUAAGAAGAGAGACAAAGGCCUGAUUCUGGGCCAUGAAGAUGGUGAUGUAUAAAACAUUUAUCCUUUGACUAGAUUGAACCCUUAAGUCCAGUAAUGAAUGACCAGACUCGUGAGUGGGAGUCCGCUUGGACCGGUCGAUUGAAGGCUGGCUGCUGGUUUUGUAUUGUUGUCACCGCGACGGUAGAUUGAUUGAGAAAGAAGCUGCAGAAAAAAUAUGGACGACACCACUUCAUGGACAAAAAUAUCAUGCUGUAAACCAGUAAAGUUUGUGAAGGCAAAGUUUUAUGAAUUUGCUCAUUUUUUCGUGGUAAAUGCUACCAAAAAUUAAUGUUUUAUACAUUAAGAAUGAAAGUUUUAGCAAGUUAAAAUGUUUACAUUGCUCUGAAAUUGUGAAUGAAUGAAACCAACACAAAUAUUUGCGGUCAUCAGUCGCGUAAUGAAGGUUUUGUCUAGAGCACAGCAAAGAAGAUAGACAUUUGAAACAGGAAUUACAUGUAUUGUAUUUUUUGGAGAUUUCUGUACCAUUGUGUAAAUAUUGAUAAUUAAAAACGUUAAGUCAUUGUAUUACUUCUUGGGUACAGGACAAAAUAAAUCGAAUAUGAUAUUAUAAUAUUCAUUUC